AGGGAGUGAGAGAGAGAGAGCGGAGUGCAAUAGAAAGACAGACAGAGUAGAGAGCGCGCACGUGUGUGUAAUUAUUCAUUGAUUGCGUUUUAUUUGUGGAUUUCUUAUCGAAGAAACCGGUUCCAGAGGAAAUCGGGGACCGUCUGUGAGAGUCUGCGUUUGUCUAGGACACCAUCAGGAAUCGCUGAAGAUGAAGAUGCAGAUGGUGACAUGUGUUGCACCGGUUAAUAUUGCUGUCAUCAAAUACUGGGGUAAACGUGAUGAAAACCUUAUUCUUCCUCUGAAUUCCUCGAUAAGCAUAACACUCAGUCCUACUCAGCUUCGAGCAAAAACAACCGUUGCAUUGAGUAAGGAUUUUGAGAAGACUAGAAUAUGGCUUAAUGCAGUAGAACAAAACCCUGAUAAUCCUCGAUUACAGAAUAUCAUCCGUAAAAUUAAGCAUCGAGCGUUUCGGUGUAAUGGCGAGAAAAAUGGCCAAGCUAACAAAGAGGACAUGUUAAACUGGCAUCUUCAUAUUUGCUCCGAGAACAACUUCCCUGUUUCUGCCGGUUUAGCGUCAUCUGCUGCAGGAUAUUCUUGCUUAGUUGCUGCAAUGGCUAACCUGUUUGAAGUAGAAGGUGAUCUCUCUGGCAUUGCCAGGUUAGGCUCAGGAAGUGCCUGCCGGAGUAUGUACGGUGGCUUUGUGGAAUGGGAUUUAGGGCAUUGCAGCGAUGGAUCAGACUCACUGGCCAGACAGAUUGCUCCCUGUGACCACUGGCCAGAAUUAAGGGCAUUACUGUUGGUCGUCAGUGAACAACCGAAAACCGUUAGCAGCACACUUGGUAUGCAAAACAGUGUAAACACCAGUGAAUUACUACGCUCUCGGGUGGAGUGCAUCGUACCUCGUAGACUAGCAGAACUGCGGGCAUCCAUUGCAGAGAAAGAUUUUGAGAAGUUUGCUCAGAUUUGCAUGAAGGAAAGCAACCAGUUUCAUGCGAUAUGUUUAGAUACCUACCCACCUAUUGGCUAUUUAACAGAAGUUUCGGACCAAAUUAUAGCACUUGUGCAUCGUUUCAACAAGCUUUGUGAACGUUUGAAGGUUGCCUACACAUUCGAUGCUGGACCAAAUGCUUGUCUUUUCCUGAUGGAAGAAGAUGUUCCCCGAUUUCUUUCUCUGAUUCGACACUUUUUCCGUCCAGUGAACAACGGCCCUGAGAAUUUCAUUCACGGGUUACCUGUUGAUGUUCCAAGAGUUACAACAGAAGACGUAUUGAACAUUUCCAUAGGAGUGAUGCCGGAUUCGAUCCAUUAUGUCAUUUAUACAAGUGUUGGAGUUGGCCCUCAUAAACUGGAAGGGAGUGAACACUGCUUGCUAAAUGACAAAGGUUACCCCAAACGAUGUCGAUGAAUGAUUCAAGUGGUUAUUAUGUACAGCUGCCAACAUUGCAAGUCAUUUAUUUCAACAAAAGAUGCAUUUAAUUAUGACAUAUUAUUUCUCUUUUCAAUUGUAAGAGAAUGGAAUAAAUAUAAUAUUUCCGGCUCGGUAAUCUCCUCAGACUUUGUGUUAAACUCUCUUUCUCUCUCAAUCACUUUCUUGACUUUUUUUUUUUCUUGUUCCAGUCUUUUCUUCUCGGCAGACUCUGCACUCAAAGAAAGAGAGAGAAAAAAGAAAGUGCGUUUAUUUUGUACACAAGUAAAAAAAAAAAAGAAUUAAAGUGGAGAUAACAUCCCAAUCAAAAGAAAAAAAUGCGAAACAAUUUAGGAGUGCUACUCUUUCGAAGUUUUGCACUUUCCCUGCUGAAACCUUGAACAUUCUUUGUUGAAACAAUGGACUUUCCCCGUUGAAACAAUAGACUUUCCCUGUUGAGACAAUGGACUUUCCCUGUUGAGACAAUGGACUUUCCUUGUUGAGACAAUGGACUUUUCCUGUUGAGACAAUGAACUUUCCCUGUUGAAACAAUGGACUUUCCCUGUUGAGAUAAUGGACUUUCCUUGUUGAGACAAUGGACUUUCCCUGUUGAGACAAUGGACUUUCCUUGUUGAGACAAUGGACUUUCCCUGUUGAGACAAUGAACUUUCCCUGUUGAGACAAUGGACUUUCCCUGUUGAGACAAUGGACUUUCCUUGUUGAGACAAUGGACUUUCCCUGUUGAAACAUUAUUGAACUUCCCCUGUUGAAACAAUGGACUUUCUUUGUUAAAACUUUGGACAUCUUUGGAAGUAUACCAUCUCAAAUUUCCUUCAGAUUGAAAUUAUUAUUAUUAUUAUUAUUAUUAUUAAGAAAUUUCAAGGCUUCUUGUAUUUAUUAGAUUUUUAUUUUGGUGUUUUAAUCUUCAUUUUCAACGAACUUUUUUCUUUUUAAUAUUGUUUUUACAUUAUAAUCGGGUUUUAGAGGAAGGAAAAUGCUGUCACGAUAUUGAAAUGUCUAACAACAAAGGUGAUAAAUUUGUAUUAAAAUGUUAUAUACAUAA